GCCUGGUGUCAGGAAAGAUGGCAGCCUCCAGGGCACAGGGGAUGGGAGCUGUCACAUGGCGGUUGUUGCACCAGCUGCCGGGGGCUAGAGGGGGCACCUCGGGUCUGCUGUUACCCAGAAGCAAGAGUUGCCUCCCCAGUUUUCGGGUGGUGCCCACAGGCGCUGACUCCCUCCCCGGCCUGGGACUCAGGGGUUACACAAGUCUUUCCACCAUAAGUCACCUUCCUGUAAAUAAAGUAGUGGGGAGGACUAACCUUCCUCUGGCCACCACAGGACCCCAGAUAGGAACCCACCUUGCCAUACCGAAUGCAGGGUGGCGUGGGUACAGGACGGGUUGGGGGUGGCAGGCAUCAGGGAGUAGGAGCAGAAAGGCUUGGGGCCUUGUGUUUGUUUUGGGGGGAACCCUAGGGGCCUACCAGACUCUAAAGUACUCCCUGGAGGAGCAGAGGGCGGAAGAAGAGCUGGAGGCAUCGGAGGGGACGCUCAGACUCACACUAUAUCAGUAUAAAACCUGCCCCUUCUGCAGUAAGGUACGGGCCUUUCUUGACUACUACCAAGUGCCUCAUGACAUCGUGGAGGUGAAUCCGGUUCUGAGAAGGGAGAUUAAAUUCUCCAGUUACAGGAAGGUUCCUAUCCUUCUGGCCAACGCCGACUCGACCUUACAACUCAAUGAUUCUUCUGUAAUAAUCAGCGUGAUGAAAACGUUCCUCGUCUCCAAGAGGAAAAGUCUGGAAGAGGUCGUAUCCUAUUACCCGUCCAUGAAGUCUGUGAACGAAAAAGGAAAGGAGGUGAUAGAAUAUAACAAUAAAUACUGGCUGAUGCUGGACGAGCGGGAGACGGAGCAGGUUUAUCCCACGAAAGAAUCUCGGGUAGAAGAGAUGAAAUGGCGCCGCUGGGCAGACGACUGGCUUGUUCACCUUAUAUCCCCCAAUGUAUACCGCACUCCGAGAGAGGCUCUUGCUUCAUUUGACUACAUUGUUCGCGAGGGGAACUUUGGCACGGUGGAAGGAGUCUUCGCUAAAUACUUCGGAGCGGCAGCCAUGUUUGUUAUUGGCAAAAGACUGAAAAGCAGACACAACCUAGAAGAUGAUGUUCGUCGAGAUCUGUAUAAAGCGGCAAACGACUGGGUGGCAGCCGUCGGAAAAAACAGGUCGUUUAUGGGAGGAUCACAGCCCAACCUUGCAGAUCUUGCAGUGUACGGCGUGCUGAAAGUCAUGGAGGGCUUGGAGUCUUUUGAGGAUAUGAUGUCUAAUACCAAUAUCAAGCCUUGGUAUGAGCGGAUGACUGCAGCUAUCAAGCAUCAUACUGCCCCUCACUGAGGAGAGAAAAAAACAUGCGUGGACUUGGGGUGCUUCUAAGCCUUGCCCACAUGUAACCUUAUUAAGGAUACUACUAUCCUCGUUCUGGCCAUCAGAAAACCCCAAAACAUGUAUUUAUAUAUCUACAAUAUGUCGGUGCUGGAACUUUCUUGGUUGUGGUUGAGAAAGGAAAACCUGCCUUGAAACCAAACCUGUGCGUUAAGCACUGCACAGAUAUAGGGUGUGGGUCCCUUUAACGCCGUACAUUAGACUGCCUCAAAAUCUUAAGAAAAGCACUCAAGGUAGCUCCCCAUCCCGAAGCGAUUGCACAAGAAAACCAAAAACGUACAAGAAAGCGACACCUGCGGCUGGAGCAAAAACUCCUUUCUCAGCCCAUCGGCGUGGAUCAAGAACACGCUCUUAAGGCGAUCGUUUACUUUCUGAUCUACCCAGGGAUGCUUUAUUGUAGUAACUGAUUUUUUUUUUUUUCUGGGCAGCUGGCGAUUUAAAUAAACUGUUUAGAAAUCAACAAUUAACAAAAAGGAAAAAAAAAAAACGCACAGAUCACGUUGCUUUCAUAAAAUGUGGAUGUUCUGUAUUUAACAUCUGUAUGCUAUUAAUAAAGUAGAAACGGUUAAAUGAAAAACAAA